CAAAUAUGAGAAAACUUAUGAGUUUUCUUGUGAAAACGAUAAAUUGUUCUCUGGCAAAAGCAACUGAUUCCUAAAUGAAAUCAAGAAAUAAUCAAACUUCAAACUUAGUUUUAAUCUUUUUUAAUAGCUUUUUUGUUGUUCCAGAGCCGAGUUUAAUUUAAAAAGUUGUCAGGAAAUAUGAAAAAUCGACUGAUAGUAAAAUAUUCGCUCGGUAAAAGCGAAGUUACAACAGCUGUUGAAAACUGGACUGGUGAAAGAACUCUGCUCGUUACUUCAUCAAGACGAGAGCCUUCCGAAUGGCGGGUUAAGUCGUCUGUUUUUUUAUGUGCUCUCGCGACAUUGUUCGAGGGUAUCAACUCGUCAGCAACGCUCCAUUUUUUCCAGACAAAGCUGACGAAAAAGGGUUAUCCCAGGCACAGAUAGGCUGGGUCACGGCUGCAAUUGAGAUAACUGGACUGGCUUCCUCUCUCUUAGUUGCUAUGGUCAUUUCUCCUCGCAACUUGAGAUCCUUCUUCCUCUGUGGCAUUCUCUGGAGUUCAGUCUCAGUGGCGCUGUUUGGUUGGUCGGAGAAUUCAAAAAACGGAUCCCCCUUCUUUCUCCUCUGCAUGGCAACCAGGUGUGCGAAUGGAGUUGGCUCUGCGUUGGUCCAUAAUUCUGGACUCCCGCUUGCCACUGGAUUAUUUCCUGGCAAAUCGGCCAUGAUUACAGCACUCAUUCACUGCUCCAAUGGACUAGGCGUACUUUUGGGGCCUCUAUUGGGAAGCUUAAUCUACUCAGUGGGCGGUUAUCAAUGGAUUUUUAUAUCUACGGGUCUAUUUGGAGCAUCAACUCUAAUCUUUUCUUUUUUAAUCAUUCCUGAACACGUAGAUUUUAGUUUCACUAAGUCAAAAAUACAACCCGGAAAAAUUUUCAAGUUUAUAUUUACACCUCGUGUUUUGAUGUUUCUGAUUCCAAAUACCAUUUUGGUUUCAACAUCUGGCUUUAAAAACAGCGCAUUUUCGGUUUAUUAUAAAGAUUAUUUGAACAUUUCUGAUGAAUUAUCGGGUUAUAUGUUUCUUCCGUUUGCCAUUGGGUUCUUUAUAGCAGCUCCAGCUUAUGGCUUACUAACCAAGCUAGGCUAUGGCUGCCUAAUCGAGAUUUGUGCCCAAUUUUUGACCUGCUUUAUUCUUUUUUGCUUCUAUAUUCCUCAAAUUGUUCCGUAUUUUGAGAAUAUUUACUAUAUUCUUACUAUUCUGUUUGUGUAUGGAACUCUGCAGUCUUCAGUUUACAAUCCGCAGUACCUGAUUAUGGAAAAACUUGCACUUUCGCUGGGUUAUAAAAACAUUGCCGAAAUCCGAACCAUGUCAACGUCGUCUUUCGGGCUAUUUACCGCAUUUAGUCGUUCUUUUGGCGCUACUCUAUUCGGGGGUUAUGUAAAUGAGUGGGUUGGCUACUAUAACACUUGUUUAUGUUAUGCUUGUUUACUUUUGUUGACAUCAAUCUGGAUGUUGCUAUUUUUGGUGUCUCAAGGACUGGCAAAUAGUGGCGUAUUUUAUUCUUCUGGCGACGGAUUGAUCUCAAUGAAUUGUAGUGCCAAUCUGGAUAAAGACAGCAGCAAAAGCAACGAAGAUAAAAUGGAGACUAACUUUAAUUGAUUAUUUUUUUUCAAGGUCAAUAUCAGUUAUGACGCCUAUCAUUUGUA